AUGCACAAAGGUACCGAGGAAAUGAACGAUUUGCGACAGAAAAGUUCUGAUAAAAUAAGCAACCUACAACAAAGAGGUUCCGAGAAGGUCGAAGAGCUGCAAGAAAAAGGCGCCGGAAAAGUGGACGACCUACGACAAAAAGAUUCCGAGAUCGACGAAGUAAAGGAUUAUGCUGGUAUGCUUUUCGUUUCGGGGAUAACCUAUUCUGCUUUCCCAAGGACUCCUCAACUCGCAUAA